AUGAAAGACGAACAAUUUGUAUUAGUUGUGGUCAUUAAUGGGCCCCGAUUGAAGGGCAUUCAAGAGUGCUCGCGCGAGGUCUGCCCGACAGAUUCGACACCUACUUGGUUCGCCUUAGUUAUUGUUGUUGUUAAAAUGCAGCCGAUUCAAGUGCUUCUCAUUGUCACAAUUAUUCCAUUCGUGCCGAUUAUGGUGUGCAUUGCACACUUUUUCAAUCAGAUUCGUGAUUUCGAGGUGUUGGCGAGCAAUCGACUCAAAGAAUUUCAUGAGCUUGAAAAAAACACGUGGAACGAGAUGCAGAUUAUGAUAACGGCGGUGGGAUCGUCGAAAUCCGCACCAAACCGAAAGCGCAUCAAAAUUCGGAAGCUGAAACGACGAACAACGCUUUAUGCGCUUCCAUCGCAACCAGCGAUUAAGCCGGUGGCGCCGUCGUAUAUUGAAGACGCGGAUCCGAGUUGUCCGCGCGGCGGUCCGGGAAAACCUGGGACACGUGGCGUUGAUGGAGGUGCCGAGAGUUUGGAAGAUGGAGUUGAUGGAAUCCCUGGACGAGAUUGGUUCGACGACGAUCUGCUGACGGUGAUCACGCAGAACGCUCACUGUAUUAAUUGUCCCGUGGGACCACCGGGUCCGCCGGGCGUCGAUGGAAGUGAGGGAAUUAUUGGACCGCCUGGUAAACGCGGAACGCCGGGAGAGCCGGGACGGAAAGGAAUGCGGGGAGCGGAAGGAUCACGAGGUGAUCCGGGCGUUGAUGGAAGUCCAGGGAUGCAGGGGCUUGAAGGAUCGCCAGGCCGGCCGCACUUGCAAAUUAUCGGCUCGCGGGGUCCCAAAGGACCUACAGGACCACCUGGACAGCCAGGAGAUCCUGGGAGAAAAGGAGCCACUUCAAUGAUUCCUCUUCCUGGUCCACAAGGGCCAACGGGAACCGCCGGAGCACCUGGAGCUGACGGGGAUUCUGGACUUGACGGACAGCCUGGACUUGCGGGGCCACCGGGAGCCGAUGGUGAAUAUUGCGCGUGUCCGCAGCGAACAGUCAUCACCGAGAAUCUGGUGAACGAGGAGAAAUACCCGUACGAUUUCUAUCAACGCGCAAUGAAAACUAAACGAACAUCGAAAAUUCAUCGAAGAAUUAUGCAUUGA